AUGACUUCAGGUCCUAUUCCCAAUCAGACCAUCAUAGUUCUGACACCAAACUGCAUCAACUUCCCCCAAACAGAGGAACCCAAACCCACCAACCAGAGGCAAGACAGCCUAGAGAAACAUCUAAAGGCAGAUGUCAAAGUUCUUGGGACCAUCCAGAUCCUGUGUGGGGUGAUGGUAUUGAGUUUGGGAAUUAUUUUGGUAUCUGUUCCUUCCUCUCCACAAUUUACCCCAAUGCUUUCCACCCUGUUGAAGGCCACUUACCCAUUCGUAGGAGCCUUGUGUUUUGUCAUUUCUGGAAUUCUAGCAAUCAUCAUGGAGAAAAAGUCAACUAAACCUUUGGCUCAAAGCAGUGUGGCUGCAAAUGUUCUGAGCUCUCUAUGUGCUCUUGUGGGUUUUAUUCUCCUCUCUGUCAACCUGGCUGCUUUGGAUCCUGCCUUUUGGAAGUGUGACUUGAACAGAGAGGACAGAGUACCUAAAGGGUAUUCACUUUUCCAUUAUCUGCACCCAUAUGCUAAGGACGACUGUUUCAUGGCCAAAACCACUCUGGCUGGAACUCUGUCUGUGAUGCUGAUUUGCACGGUGCUGGAGUUCUGCAUGGCCGUGCUCGCUGCUGUGGUUUGGUGGAAACAGGCUUACUCUGACUUCGCUGGGAGUGUGCUUUUCCUGCCUCAGAGUUACAAGAAUAAAUCCAGCAUACCCGCAAAAGCAUUUUCUGACCCUGGAUAUGAAGAACUAUUGACUUCCUAG